AUCACGCUGGACUGAAUGAGGCGUCAUCCUUUCUGAUGUAGAGCGGCACGGCGGCCUUUCUUUGCUGCUCUGCAUUUCCCCCAAUCUCUCCGCUCUUGUCCCGGUAUUUCAGCUCUUUAGUUUCUUUAACUAUGACUCGGAAGUCGCCACUCCUGGCCGCUUGCCUGCUGCUUGUGGCGGCCCUGAACUCAGAGGUUUCAGCGAACGGUCUGGUGAACGAGGAGGUGAAGAGGACAGUGGACCUGAGCACUCAUCUGGCCAAGAUCACCGCGGAGAUCGUGCUGUCCAACCAGGGACACUCUGCCGUCCAGAGCUUCAUGUUGGCGGUAGAGGAGGACCUGGCCCCGCACCUGGCAUAUAUCGGAGCUUCGGUGAAGGGUGAUGAGGAGGAAGACGGCACACUUGAACUACAACAGACAACAAUCCCGGGACAAAGUGGUCAUUUCUACAAAGUACAGCUACCCUCCAACCUAGCAGCAGGUGCUCAGCUGAAAGCAAAGGUGGAGAUGACAUUUAGCCAUGUCCUGAGGCCCUUCCCCUCACACGUCACCCAGGCCGAGCGCCAGCUGGUGGUCUUUCAGGGGAACCACUACCUGUACUCCCCAUACCCCACCCGCAGCCAGACCACACGUGUCCGCCUGGCUUCCAAGACUGUGGAGAGCUACACCAAGCUGGGUAACCCCAGCAAGAACGAUGAGAUCAUCGAGUACGGACCUUUCCGCGACGUAGCUCCGUUCAGCGAGGAUACAAUGAAAAUCCAUUACGAGAACAACACACCCUUCCUCACCAUCAGCAGCAUCACUCGGACCAUCGAGGUCUCUCACUGGGGAAACAUCGCUGUGGAGGAGACCAUCGACCUGAGGCACACAGGAGCCAUCCUGAAGGGGCCUUUUUCACGUUACGAUUAUCAGCGCCAGUCUGACAGUGGCAUCUCCUCAGUGAAAUCCUUUAAGACUAUCCUUCCUGCCUCGGCCCAGGACGUCUACUACAGAGAUGAGAUUGGCAACAUCUCCACCUCCCAUCUGCAGGUUCUGGAUGACUCAGUGGAGGUGGAGGUCAGGCCUCGCUUCCCCUUGUUCGGAGGCUGGAAGACCCACUACAUUAUUGGCUACAAUCUACCCAGCUACGAGUACCUCUACACUCUGGGUGACCAGUAUGCACUGAAGAUGAGGCUGGUUGACCAUGUGUAUGACGACCAGGUCAUUGACUCCCUCACUGUGAAAAUCAUCCUGCCAGAGGGAGCCAGAAACAUCCACGUGGAUACACCUUACAAAAUUGAUCGCAUGCCAAACCAGCUGCACUAUACAUAUCUGGAUACGUUUGGCCGACCAGUGCUGGUCGCCACCAAGAGCAACCUGGUGGAGCAUCACAUUCAGGAUGUUGUGGUUCAUUAUAACUUCAAUAAGAUCCUGAUGCUGCAGGAGCCUCUCCUUGUUGUGGGAGCUUUCUACAUCCUUUUCUUCACUGUCAUCAUCUAUGUCCGCCUGGACUUUGCAAUCACAAAGGACCCUGCGGCUGAGGUGCGUAUGAAGGUGGCCUCCAUCACAGAGCAGGUGCUGACUCUGGUCAACAAGCGCCUGGGUCUGUACAGACACAUGGACGAGGUGGUCAACCGCUACAAGCAGUCCCGCGACACCGGGGCGCUCAAUAGCGGCCGGAAGACUCUGGAGGCCGACCACCGCGCUCUCACUAACGAGAUCAGCUCCCUGCAGGCCCGCCUCAAAGCUGAGGGCUCCGACUUGGCCGAUAAGGUCGGGGAGGUGCAGAAGCUGGACGGCCAAGUGAAGGAGCUGGUCUGCCGCUCCUGCCAGGAGGCGGAGCGGCUGGUGGCGGGUAAGGUCAAGAAGGAGGCUUACAUCGAGAGCGAGAAGACUCUGACCGGCAAGAGGCAGGAGCUCGUAGGCCGCAUCGACAGUCUGCUGGACGCCCUCUAAACAACUCCUGCCGCACAAGCACACACAAACGGAAACCACCUGCGCUACAACAUACAUCCGACUGCUUGUAUGUAUGAGAAUUACAUUAAAUGUGACGCAAAUGCUUACAUUUUUUUUUUACCAUCAUUGAAGUCAGAUAUGGACUGUUAACAUGUCAUCUUAUGGUAUUGAUGGGUUUAUCUUGCGCCUUCGUGCCUUGUGAUAAACUCACUGUGUGCUCAGCUCUCCAGCAGCUACAUCACAAGUUUUCGAUUUUCUUGUUUGUCUGUUUUUGAGUUUGUUGAUCUACACUUAAACUUUGUCACACCUUGCUCAGACUUGUCAGACUUGACUCUUCAUUUUUAUGUUCAAAUCUGGACUUUGUUUUAUCCCUCCUCCCCCCCCCCCCUUUAUCUUAUGUAUGUAUGGUUAUGGGACUCUUUUUGAAACCAAUAGCUGAAGGGCCCAAGUGUUUUCAGUCUCAUGUCUUUGCUCACAUCUGCCGUAUUCUAAGAUGGUAUCAUCUAGUUCUUAAAUUUGAAUCUCUUUUGCACUUACAACCUUUUCUACUUGCCCCUGACUGACAUUUAUAUUUGAAUGAAUUUAAAGCUCUGAUUCUGUGUCAUCACAAAUGCUCUUUUUUGAUGUUCAUUAGUCACAUUUUCUACAUUUUGUAUGAUUUUUUUUUUUCUCUUCUUCUUGGUUUUGUAAGUGUUGUAUUUUUUGACCAUGAGAUUAGUGAAUACACGAGAUUAGGUUGUAUGCGAGAAAAGACAUGGGAGAUGGGACACAGAUUGUUUGUGAAAUGGGCAAUGACAUGAAAAGCUGUCAAAUUUGAAAUAAAGUUUUGAGAAACUCAU